AUGGCAGACACACUCCACAACGCGCCGAUAGUGCUGGACAACGGCAGCGGCACCAUCAGAGCUGGUUUCGCCGGUGAAGACGCGCCCAAAUGUUAUUUCCCUUCAUAUGUCGGCCGACCGAAACACCUGCGCGUUCUGGCUGGCGCUCUUGAGGGAGAUGUCUUUAUCGGUCAGAAGGCACAAGAGCUGCGCGGACUGCUCAAGAUUCGCUACCCUUUGGAGCAUGGAAUUGUCACCGACUGGGACGACAUGGAGAAGAUCUGGCAACACGUCUACACCGAAGAGCUCAAGACGCUGAGCGAAGAGCACCCUGUUCUCUUGACCGAACCGCCGCUCAACCCUCGUUCCAACCGCGACACAGCCGCCCAGAUCCUGUUCGAAACUUUCAACGUACCCGCUCUGUUCACCUCCAUCCAAGCUGUCUUGUCCCUAUACGCCUCAGGCAGAACCACUGGUAUUGUUCUGGAUUCAGGUGAUGGUGUCUCGCAUGCCGUACCUGUAUACGAGGGUUUCGCAAUCAACAACAGUAUCCGCCGCAUCGAUGUUGCUGGUCGAGAUGUCACCGAGCAUCUCCAAACGCUGUUGCGCAAGUCUGGUUACAUCUUCCAUACGAGCGCCGAGAAGGAAGUCGUGCGCAUGAUCAAGGAGAAGACAAGCUACCUGGCUCUCGAUCCCAAGAAAGAAGAGAAGGACUGGACCACAGGCAGUGCCAGACAGGACGGCAAGACGGUUGAGUACACCCUUCCUGACGGCCAGAAGCUCAAGAUUGGCCCUGAGAGGUUCAGAGCGCCUGAGAUCCUCUUUGACCCUGAGAUCAUUGGCCUCGAAUAUCCUGGCAUCCACCAGAUUGUUGUCGACGCCAUCAGCCGGACGGAUAUGGACUUGAGAAAGUCCCUUUACGCAAACAUUGUUCUGUCAGGAGGAUCGACUCUGACCAAGGGCUUUGGUGACCGUUUGUUGCACGAGGUCCAGCGUUUAGCUGUCAAGGACAUGCGCAUCAAGAUCUUCGCUCCACCUGAGCGCAAGUACAGCACGUGGAUUGGUGGCAGCAUUCUCGCCGGUCUCAGCACCUUCCGAAGGAUGUGGGUGAACAUCGACGACUGGCACGAGAACCCCGAGAUCAUUCACACAAAGUUUGCGUGA